GAGAGCGGUGCUCGUCCCUCUGGACAGCAAGAGGCAGAGAGCGAGGGAGACAAAAACCUCUCAGAGAACAAAAAAACGGAAGAGAUUGAAAAAGAAAAGUGGAACCAGAGAACGAACCUGUGGUGGCUUUUGCAAGCAAGCUCGCCAAGUGUGUACGAGAACGGAUCCAGUGCGCUCACACACACACACAGCAGCCCUCAGACAGCCACACAGUCAGCCGUGAUGCGUGUGUUGUCGGUACUCCUGCCCCUGCUGCUCUGCAUGGUGGUGGGUCUGAACCAGGUCAGGGCCGAGGUACAGGCGGUGAAGCUCUGUGGGAGGGAGUUUCUCAGGGCUGUUGUCUACACCUGUGGAGGCUCCCGCUGGAGAAGACUCCUCAGCGAACCGGAACAACUUGAGGACAUUGGGGAGCAGCCUCUGAGCAGCAUGGAGGACCUAAAGGCCAGUCUGGGGUCAGAUUUCAGCAGACGGGAUGUAAAAAACAUGCUGACCACUGUGUGCUGCCAGUUGGGCUGCAGUAAGUCCGACCUCACCUACCUUUGCUGAGACCCCAGUGGUUUUCUGGUCUCCCUCACCCGCCUCCAAAACAGACUUCCAGCAGGCAAAGUGGUGGAAUAUAUUUCAUUGCAAAACAGUUUUGCUUGGUGGUCUCACUCUCUUCCUCUCAAAACCUGUCCUGCUGCCUUAUUCAGAGCAUAUUUUAUUUUGUAGUUGAUAGAAGGUUCUAGAAAAACAAACUGCGGAGCAUUAUAUUAUCCACUGUUUCAGCACAAUACUUAGAAUAAUCAAAAAUCUAGGUUAUGAAAUGUGAGCUUUUAGAGCAACUUUUGGGUAUCGUAGAUCAGGUGUUUGGCAAAUAGUAACAGUUAAGCUAAACUUUCAUUUGUCGUGUUGAUGACAUUGUAUCAGAGUAGGAUCUGUAUUUCCUGGAAAGUUAGAACCAAAUUGGAAUUUAGGGACUUUUAUGUAACUUUGAAAAUACUAUCUUGAUUAUACCGUAUAUUUUGCUAACCUUUGUCUAAUAAAUAU